AUAUAUAGUUAUAAAAUAUAAUUAGUUAAUAAAAUUAUUAAAUCAAUCGUAGCACAAAAUCUUCGUUAAUUUAAUCGAUUUAUUUUUUAUAAGAUUCAAAAUUUAUAUAUAUUUAUUAUAAAAUGGACAUCUUAUUUGUAGAUAAUGGCAGACAAGGUGAAAUUGAUACAUUUUAUGAGGCUUGUCAACGACAUAGGGAUUAUUACAGAGGAUAUGCAAAGGCAAACCAUGCUUUACUUUACUUCAAAGAUCAAGAAUAUCUAUGGCAGAGUCCGGCAGGAAUGACCGCAACUUAUCUCGGUUUCCCGAUGUACUUCGUCAAAUACAAACAGCCUCUGGUCCUACCUAGUACGGGCCGAACUAGCGGACUCCCAGCGUUGCCAGACCGCACACUCGCUGGCCGUUUCAAUAAAACUGCUUGCAAGGCGUUCGUGCGAUAAAUCAUCCUGCAUACAAUUUGUAUCUACAAUUUUAAAUAUUAUGUGGCAGCAUUCCUCUGAGUACAAAUAAAAUUAUCUAGGAGCACGGGUUGAUGGAUUAAAAUA